AUGAAAUUUGCACACGAUUUCAAGCAAAAUCUUGCUAGCCAGGAUUUUCCACCACACUGGAUUGAGCGGGCUAUACCGUAUAGUCAACUGAAGAAAUGCCUCAAGAAAAUCCAACGCGAACUGCAAGACUUGGGCCUGGACCAAGAAACGCUACGCGCUCUUCUAAGUGCCGAAGAAACGGCGCCAGUUGCUCUGCAAUACAAAUUGCGAGAAUCCGGAUCAAGAUUUGUGCGCCCCAAGCUAACGGUCAACGUACAUCUGCGCGACGGUGUGGCGGUUGACGCAUCCUUGACCCCAACGUCAAGAGGCUUCCUCGAGAAACUAGCGUGCGAAAUUCUAGAUGGGCAUGAACGGGAAUCACUGGGCCACAUACAAGCAAGCCGACAGGAUGAAACCGUCCCCAAGGAGAACUCUAGUACCGGUUUCAUUGAUGGCGAUGUUGGCAACUACGAGACUAUCGAAGUCCCCCUUGUGUUCGAUGCUGAAUUCUUCGACAUGCUGCAAAAUGAUGUCAACGAAUUGGAUGCACUGCAAGCAGAAGAGCAAAAACAACUGACUAACGAGAUCACGGAGCUCUCGAAAGAAGUCUCUGCCGUAUCUCGACCCAGUCGCUUCUCGAAGAGCGACCUGGCGCGCUGGCGCGAAAUAUUCGAACUAUAUUUGGACUCUAACGUUUUUUUUGCAACGCAGGAAUGCGACCAUGGUGCAAGAAAUAGCCAGAGAGCACUCAAGCAACUUCAAUGGUUUCAGAAUGAAGUCGAGAAGCGCAAUCUAGCACGCAAUUUCAAAAUUUCACAAAGUCGCCAGGCUUUCGCCAGGUUUCUGCGGUUAAAUGCGAGCCUUCUAAAGAAUCUGCAAUUUCAAGAACUCAACAAACUUGCGGUAUCCAAGAUCCUAAAGAAGUUCGAUAAGCGUACGUCGCUUGGCGUCUCCAAGUCUUUUCCCACAAUGAUUCUAUCUGAUGGUCUUUUUGCCGGCGGUAUUGCCAAAGAUGUGUGUGCCUCAAUGUCUCAAGAGCUGGUAGCAGUUGUACCGCAGAUCAACGACUACCUCUGCCCAGUCUGCUUUUCUGUGGCUUAUCGCCCUGUGAGGCUCGAUUGCCAGCAUGUAUUCUGCAUCCGGUGCAUCAUUAAGAUUCAAAGACGCAAAGAGACGCAUUGUCCCCUAUGCAGAGCAGAUGUAGUGAUGUCUGCCUCCGCAGACAAUCUUGACCUCCGAUUGGAGAGGUACUUAGAGAAGUACUUUCCUAAGGAGGUAAAAGAAAAGCAGAGAGCGAACGAGAUAGAGCGCGGAAUCGAAGACUACGGCCCUGGUUAUCAGCACCAGGAUUGUCUCGUGAUGUGA